AUGGCAAACAGGAAAUGUCAAAGCGGUACAGCCGGCAUGCUGGAUCACCGGGCGAGAGGGUGCCCCGCUCCGGUGCACGGCGGGGAUGGUGAAAACGAGGAGACCCAUCUGCCAGCGGAGGAGUACGCGGAGAACGAGACGGAGGCGAUGCCCGUCGGGCAAGGUAGCCCCUCGCUGGCGGAACACGAGUGCAACGAUAACAGCGCCGACGGCGAUUCCAGCUCGGACUACAUCAACAACACUUCUGAAGAGGAAGAUUACGACGAAGGCCUCCCCGAGGAAGAGGAGGGCAUCACUUACUACAUCCGGUAUUGCCCCGAGGAUGACAGUUACCUGGAAGGGAUGGACUGCAAUGGAGAGGAGUAUAUUCCUCGUGAGGAACCUUCGGUGGAGACCGACGAGUGUCAGGAAGCCAUAGAGGAAGAGGAAUGGGCGGAAACGAAAAUUCAGCAUCAGGACAAAAGCGAGGCCACGGAAGAAGUGGUCUACCAUGACAGCUGCGUUCAGCUUUUGAAGGGCGAGGUGGCGUCUCUGGAAAUCCAAGACCAAGACGAACAUCUGCAGUAUUGCCACCCAAGUGAAGAAACCUACCCGGGCUAUUACUCGCCAGAAGCAAACGGGAACGCCCACGGGAUGUCCCCUUAUCAUUCCAGGAAAGAGGAGGUAGAGUCGGAAGAGCAGGAAGAAGACAUCGACCAGAUUGUCGCCGAAAUUAAAAUGAGCAUGAGCAUGAGCAGCAUCAACAGCGCUUCGGAGAUGAGCCCAGAGCAUGCCGGGACUGAAAGUGUGCCAAAUGACUAUACAGAGACUUGUCAAAAAGGGGACUCUGGCCAUGGCACCAACAGGCAUCAAGGGAGGCCCAAGUCCUUGAACAUCCCCCCAGCCUCGAAGCAAGUCGGAGACGUCCCCCGAGGCUUCAAGACCAAGUCGAGAACUCCGGAGGAAAGGCAGACGUGGCCGCAGGAGCAGGUGUGUAACGGCUUGGACCAGCCCAGGAAGCAGCAGCGCUCGGAUCUCAAUGGUCCCAUCGACAACAAUAAUAUUCCGGAGACCAAGAAAGUGUCGUCCUUCCCAAGUUUUGUGGAUGUUCCAGGGCCCUGCGAACCCGAAGACCUCAUAGAUGGCAUCAUCUUUGCCGCCAAUUACCUGGGCUCCACGCAGCUGCUCUCCGAGCGCAACCCUUCCAAAAACAUCCGCAUGAUGCAAGCGCAGGAAGCGGUGAGCCGCGUCAAGAGGAUGCAAAAAGCAGCUAAAAUCAAGAAAAAAGCGAGCUCCGAGGGAGAUUCCCAGGCGCUGACGGAAGUGGAUCUCUUCAUCUCCACCCAGAGGAUUAAAGUCCUGAAUGCGGACACGCAGGAAACCAUGAUGGACCAUGCACUGCGCACCAUCUCCUACAUCGCCGACAUUGGCAACAUUGUCGUGCUGAUGGCGAGACGCCGAAUGCCCCGGUCGGCUUCUCAGGACUGUAUCGAGACCACCCCCGGGGCGCAAGAAGGGAAGAAGCAGUACAAGAUGAUUUGCCACGUCUUCGAGUCGGAGGACGCUCAGCUGAUCGCUCAGUCCAUCGGCCAGGCAUUCAGCGUGGCCUAUCAGGAGUUCCUCCGAGCCAAUGGGAUCAACCCCGAGGAUCUGAGCCAGAAGGAAUACAGCGACAUCAUCAACACCCAAGAGAUGUAUAAUGACGAUCUGAUCCAUUUCUCCAACUCUGAGAACUGCAAAGAGCUGCAGAUCGCCAAACAGAAGGGAGAGAUCCUCGGCGUGGUGAUCGUGGAGUCCGGCUGGGGUUCCAUUUUGCCCACGGUGAUCCUGGCCAACAUGAUGAACGGGGGCCCGGCGGCUCGCUCGGGGAAACUCAGUAUUGGGGACCAGAUAAUGUCCAUUAAUGGGACCAGCCUGGUUGGGCUGCCUCUGGCUACGUGUCAAGGCAUCAUCAAGGGUCUUAAGAAUCAGACGCAAGUGAAGCUGAACAUCGUCAGCUGCCCGCCAGUCACGACCGUCCUGAUCAAGCGGCCCGAUCUGAAAUACCAGCUGGGCUUCAGCGUCCAGAACGGAAUUAUCUGCAGCCUGAUGCGAGGAGGCAUUGCGGAGCGAGGGGGUGUCCGCGUCGGCCACCGCAUUAUUGAGAUCAACGGUCAAAGCGUUGUGGCCACCGCUCAUGAGAAGAUCGUCCAGGCCUUGUCUAACUCUGUGGGAGAGAUCCACAUGAAGACGAUGCCCGCCGCCAUGUUCCGGCUGCUCACCGGCCAAGAGACCCCUCUCUACAUCUGAUGCAAAGCC